AUUUGUGCAGUUGCUAAAAGACUGGUAUUAAUGGAAUUAAUUCCGGAUGGUUGAGUCAGUUGGUAGAAUAAAAGUUGCAGAAUUGUUUCUGAGCGAACAGUCCACGUUCAACAGUCAAACGACCUAACUUCUUAUUUCAUUGAAAGAUAGAUAAUAUUUUACCAAUCAAAAAAUGCUGUACUCACGUUUCGUUGUAUUAACGAUCUUAAUAAUCUCAACAAUCGAGCUAAGUAGAGGGAAAGAAUUUGGAUCGAUUAUUGGUCUCGGCAAAGAUGUUGAUAAGAUUGAAAAUCAUGCAGAAAAUAAACUCGAACACGAGCCUGAAAAAAACGUCGAGCAGAAUAAAUUAAUAAAUUUUAGACCGAUUUUUGAUUUCGGUAAAAAUGUUGAUAAUAUUGAAAAUCAAGGAGAAAAUAAACUUGAAUAUGAACCUGAAGAAACAUUCGAAGUUAAUCAAGUUUCUACAAAACUUUCCACGGUCGAAGAAGCUCUUAACACAUUUUUAGUACCUUUGGGAAAUGCAAAUAAAAUAUUUGGAAAAGGUGUACAGCAAAUUAUAUCGAAAAUUCCAGAUAAACUUAAGGAUCCAAUUAAAGGAUUUGAAGUUAAUAAUAAGACCAACUUAGGAUACGGUCAAUUUUUGAAUUCGAUUUCUGAUAGAUUCAGAGCUAUUUAUCCAGGUACCGUUUGGUGUGGCGAUGGCGAUAUAGCAAAAAACGAUGAAGACCUUGGUUUCUUUGCAAGUACAGAUGCUUGUUGUAGAGAUCAUGAUAAGUGUUUCAGUAAUAUUAAUACAGGCGAAGAGAAAUACGGUCUUAAAAAUGUUGGACUUUUUACGAGAUCACAUCGUUCAUGCGAUUCUGCAUUUUACAAUUGUUUAAAAGGCGCUAAUUCAAUCAUAGCCACUAAAAUUGGAAUAACUUAUUUCAAUAUUUUGAGUCCGCAAAGUUUCGACGAGGAUUAUCCUAUUUUAAAGUGCAACAAGUAUUCUGGCCUUAUCAACAAGAAAUGUGUCGAUUAUAAGCAAGAUUUAGAUGCAGAUAAGAAAUAUCAAUGGUUUGACAAUCCAUUUUUUUAAAUUUAAAUUAUAUUAAUUG